CUGGAUUGUGUGAAUUAAAAGCACAUUGACACAAGACUAAAACUGAAAACAAUGAAGGUUCUUGUAGUACUUGCACUAGCUGUUUUUACAGGUUGUCAAGCCAACCUCUUCUAUGCUGACGAGCCCAAGCCACAGCUGGUGCAGUUGACUGAUGCAUUUUGGAGCUAUGUUGCCAAGGCAACACACACCGCAGACGAAACCGUCCAGAUGAUCAGGACCUCCCAACUGGGUCAGGAAGUCAAUGCUAGACUAACACAGAGUGCUGACACGGCCAGCGAAUAUGCCAUCACACUCAAAAACCAGAUGAAUCCUCUGGCUGAAGAGUUAAUGACCAAAAUCACUAAGGAGACUGAAGUGUUGAGGGAGCGUUUGGGUCAGGAUCUGACCACAGUGAGAGACCAACUGGAGCCCUAUGCUGAUAAUCUCAAGAGCCAAAUUCAGCAGAGAGUGGAGGAUCUCAGAGCAGCCAUGGCUCCAUAUGCAGAGUCCCUGGAUUCUGAGACCCUGAAGGCCACUCUGCUCCAGAGAAGUGAGGAGCUGAGAGGGAGCCUGGAGCAGAGCGUGAAGGAGCUGCAGGCUCAACUGGAGCCCUACACUGCUGAAAUCAAAGAGAAGGUGGACCAGCGCCUGCAGGAGUUCCAGAAGACCGUGACCCCCCUGACUGAGGAUCUCCAGGCCAAGAUUGCUGAGAGAGCCCAGUUUGUCCAGCAGAGUCUCACACCCUAUGCUGAAGAUCUGAAGGAAAAGCUGGACCCCUACGCCCAGAACCUGAAGGACCAGCUCACCUCCCUCUAUGAGUCCUUUACCAAGACCAACUAAUGCUUCAAAGACUUCUUUUGUCAUGAACAGAACAAUUUUUUCAUGAGAAUUUUGACAUGAAAUUCCGACAUAUUUGAUCCAUAUUUCAUUCAUUCAUCAGUCCAAUACCAUGCACUAAAAUAAGCUAUUGGACAAUAUUCACAUAGUUUGUACCACCAAAGCCGUCUUUUAGAGAUAAAAGUGCAAACACAUGUUUUACUUAGAAAAUUAGUAAAAUUUGACAAGUUCUUCUUAUUCCAUUCUCCUAUACAGUGCAUUUUUGCAACACAUUUUCUCUGCUUUUCUGUAUAUGGUGCAUAUUUAUUUAGUUAA